GCGCUGAGCGCUGUGCACCCUUCACUCCGCUACAGUCCACUGAUGUGAUCGGAGGGCUACAGUCUCAAUAACGUAACCAUGGGUGUGUUUUAGUGUUUGUGAAAUGUCUGGUGAAGUUAACAAAGAAACUGAAGGAGGGAAGACCUCAAGAAACAAGAGACUCAAAUCGGCUCUUGGUCAUGUGGGUCUUUUGGCAGCGCUAAUGGUGUAUGCAGCUGCAGGAGGAUUGGUGUUCCGGGAGCUGGAGCAGCCAGCGGAGGAGGCGCGGCUGCGCGCACUGGCGUCCACGGUGCGCGAAGAGCGCGCGUGGCUGCUGCAGCGGCUGCACAACUUGACCGCGGGGGCGGGGGCGGUCCAGCGCGUGGAGGCGGCGCUGCAGCGCUACGAGGCGGCGCUGGCCGACGCGGUGGGCGGCGGCGUCUCCGUGCCCCCUCCGCCUCCGGGCGAGCCGCCCGUCAGCCGCUGGAACCUGCUGCAGGCCGUCUUCUUCGCAUCCACCGUCCUCACCACCAUAGGUUACGGCAACAUUGUGCCGGUGACGUUCUGGGGGCGUGUCUUCUGCAUCCUGUUCGGGCUGGUGGGAAUCCCGCUGACGCUGACCGUCAUCGCGGACAUGGGCAAGCUGUUCGCCACGGCCGUGCAGCUGCUGCUCGCCAGGAUACGAGAAGGUCUGCCCGCGCCCCUGCAGGAGGUGCUGAGCUCCUGGAACACGGCUGGCGGUGGCGCCGGCGGCGGCCUGCAGAUGGCGGGGCGGCGGUCGCUGACGGCGCUGGCUGCGGUCGCCUUCCUGCUGCUCUACCUGGCGGCCGGCGCCGGCAUCUUCACGCUCUGGGAGGACGAGUGGGGCUUCCACGAGGGCUUCUACUUCUGCUUCAUCACCAUGACGACCAUCGGCUUCGGCGACCUGGUGCCCCGCAAGCCCAAGUACAUGCUGCUGUGCACGCUGUACAUCCUGGUGGGGCUGGCGCUGACGUCGACCAUCAUCGAGCUGGUGCGGCGGCAGUACGCGCAGUCGUGGCGGCAGCUGCAGGCGCUCUCCGGACCGCUGGCGGACGCGCUGCGCAGGAUGGGCGACCGCGGCACCGGCGCCAUCGACGUCAACGCCCUCUCCAGGAUGCUCACCGUCAUCUCCGUGCCCAAGGGGUUCAAGGGCGGCGAGAAAGGUGCAAAGGAGCGUGCCGAGUGGGAGCAGGCGAUGGCCGUGGUGCUGCGCGAUCUGGCGCGGCCGCAGCACCAGCCGCCGGUCAUCGUCAUCUACGAGUCGACUGUCUAGUGUCUGCGCCCCCAAGCCUACAUAGCCAGCCACCGUUGACCUGCUGCCGCGUCUCCACUUCCGGCCACGGGGCGCAGCACUGCAGCGCUCGCUGUUGCGUAACGUCUCGGCCUUCGCUGCAAUUGACACUUGCGGUGCGGACUGUCGUUUUGGUACUGUCAGAGCACAAAGAUUCGAGUGUUAGAUUACUUGCCGGCACGUCAUAUGUUGUAACGCGUCGUGUUCUACGCGUUUCUGCGAACAUUUAUCAUAUCUUGUACUUACAACAUCGGUACAUGUUUACACGAAGUCACAGAUAACGCACUUUGUCGGAACUCCCUGAGCCGUGUAGUCCACCCACCUUCGAGGAAAUCUUGUACACUCGAGUGGGGCAAUACACGUGUAAUCUUUGACAGCUGUAAGAUGCUUGUACCGUGGCGUCAAGAAAAGGAGAACUUUUCCUCUAUGCCCGUGGCUUUUGAUUUCCUGAGAGCAAUUGAAGAAAACUCUUCUGAUUGCGUUCCGGCGUCAUUGCGUAGAACCUUGCAGUGCUUCGGUCACUUCUGCGGGCAUCUUCAUCAGGUUACUUCUCAUGAAGGGUUUACUGACUAUGGUAGAAACAGUUAUAUGACGUGAUAAAAUUUCUAGCGUAAGUAAAUUUGGAGUCGUGAUGGGUUUCCCACAGUAUUAUCCUCAAGUGAAAGUGAAAAAAUGGCAAGAUAUUCAAUGAAUAUCCAACAAACAUGAUGACAGACUACGAUCGUCUUCCCAUUAAUCGUGAACGACAGAGUGAUAUUAAUAGUGUAAUGGUGAGGUUAUUACACUGUUAAUAUUAUUUUUUACAAUACCACAACUCAUAUCACCCACUAUUAAAACAUGAAAACAAUAAAACUGCAA